AGAAAUCCGAACUCGCUCCAUGUUAGACUGAAGUGUGUGAAAGUGCAGUUGAAGGACUCGCGUGCGCUCAGUCAUUUAGCGCGUUUAUGGAGACGUAUCUGAGACAUAAACAAGACGAGCAGGUUGAAAUCUCCUCAGAUGAAGGAACAUGUUGGCCAUGGAUCAAGGCGUAGUGGAGGAAUGGCUGUCUGAGUUUAAGACUCUUCCAGAGACGGCCGUCUCCAGCUAUGCCGUGUCUCUGAAGGAGAAGGACUUUCUAGUUCCUGCACUCUACAAAGUUAUCCGGGAGAAUUACAGCGAUCUAUUGGAGCCGGUGUGUCAUCAGUUGUUUGAGUUUUACCGCAGUGGUGAACCGCGUCUUCAACGUUUUACGCUACAGUUUCUCCCUGAGCUGGUAUGGAGUUAUUUGUCCGUCACGGCGGCACGAGACCCUCACUGCAGCAGCUGCAUAGAAGCUCUUCUGCUCGGCAUCUAUAACCUGGAAAUCGUUGAUAAAGAUGGGCAGAGUAAAGUGUUGACUUUCACCAUCCCUUCCUUAUCCAAGCCGUCAGUGUAUCAUGAGCCCUCUUCCAUUGGCUCUCUGGCCUUGACGGAAGGAGCCUUAGCCAAUCACGGCUUGAGUCGAGUGGUUUACAGCGGGCCACACCUCCAGAGAGAGACCUUCACAGCACAGAACAGGUUUGAGGUUCUGACGUUUUUGCUGCUCUGUUAUAAUGCUGCUUUGAGUUACAUGUCCAGCUCAUCGCUGCAGUCUCUGUGUCAGCUCAGCUCCAGGGUCUGUAUCUGUGGGUAUCCACGGCAACAGUUACGGCGGUAUAAAGGCAUCAGCGCGCGGUUGAUGGUCACGUCAGAGUUUCUGGUGCAGUUGAUCACGGGGAUUCAUUUCGUGCUGUGUAAUGGUGAAGCAGAAUUGGGCUCUAAGGCUCUGGAUGACGUGCUGUACCGUGCACAGCUGGAGCUCUUCCCAGAGGCUCUGCUGGUGGGAAACGCCAUCAAAUCAUCUCUUCACGGUGCCUCUCUGAAGUCUAAUAAAGAAGGAUCUCGAUCCAUCCGGGUGGAGAUCACGCCCACGGCCUCUCGGAUCUCCCGGAAUGCCGUGACCAGCCUGUCAAUCCGAGGACAUCGCUGGAAACGCCACGACGCAGUGGAUUUGGGUUCCCCGGACGAGCUGACGGAAAUCGCGGAGGUGGACGAGGGUAUCUGUACGCAAGCAUCGGGCGGUCAGGCCAGCCCACCCAUGAUAGUCAUCAGCAACAGCGCCGUCACCACAGCGUCCUCUGGUGGCAGCGUGGGAAAGCUGGCGGGAAAAGGUCUUCGUCGUUUGACGGGAAGAUCGAGCAAAGAUAAAGAAAAAGACAAGGAUAAAGAGAAAGAUGCCGCCACCACCGAUAUGGAUCAACUUUCCCGUAAGCAGGCUGCCAUUCGCGCAAUGAGCGAAAACCUCGAGCUUCUGUCACUCAAACGGCUGACGCUGACGGCCAGCCAAUCAGUGCCUAAGAGUGGUUCGCUCAGCCUGUCGCGCACCGCCAGCGCCGUCUUCUCGCGCUCUUUCGAGCAAGUCAGUAAUGCGCUCGCCGUCGCCUCGGGCAACCAGCCUCCCAGCCGCACGCCGAGUCCCACCUCGAACCACCUCGUUCCUGAAGGUGGACUCCAGGAAGAGGGUGUGGCCUAUUCAGAGCACUUGAGCCCCACCCACCAGCUCCGGCAGCGGUCGCCCACCAUCAGUAUCCAUGUGACCUCUGACCUGUGACCCCUAAAUCCACCCUAUAAGGACUGGUCGCAUUGAGUGCAGUGCACAAAUACAGAUGUGGCACUGCUGCCCCCUUAUGGCACAAAACUGCAGCACCUUAAAGGAAGUCUGUUUUUAUCCCCUACGGUUUUGUCAGUUGUGUAUAAAUACCAAAGUAAUGUAUUUUUGAAGUAAGUGUUUUUAAAAAAGCUGAAAGUUUUUCCUAAAUUCUUCUUUAAGGUGACCAUGAAGUCUAGAUGGUGUCUCUGUCUGUAUUUAAGUUGACACAUGAAGUCUGAAUACGAGCUGUAUGUUUCUAAUGAUGUACCUACAGUAUGUGCGUGUUCGGGAAAAGACUUACAGAAGAUGAAGAAACAGCCAUUUUCAGACAUACUAAACGUGGUAUUUGUGUGCGAUUUUCAUUGCCUGUGUGUGUGUGUGUCUGUGCGUGUGUGCGUGUGCGUGCGUGUGUGCGUUUGCAGCUCAAACGUGUUCUGAAAUUGAGCUGAAGCCAUCUCUUCACUCUGUUUCCACGGUUAUCUGGAUCAAUCACAAAAUUCAAACAGAAAAUCUGGUGGAAUUGGAUACCAAACAGAAGUAGUCUUCUUUGUUUACACUGUUAUUCAUGCAGUAUUUGAAAGCAAUAUCAUUACUAUGUGAACUGCAGUACGAGAGCUUCCGUAUGGCCAUAAUAGAUUCGAUUUUUGGAUACAUGAGUCUGUUGGGUUAAACCAGCUGCUUGGGUGUCAAAUUGAUGUCAUGCUCCGAAAGCAAAGCACAAACGAUAGAGACCCAUUAAACAGUGUGAUUAUAAGCCACAAAUCAUUCCUUAAAAAAAAAGAUAAAUUAUUGGUUAAUGUAAUUUUCUUGAAUUAAUUAUGGCAUCCAUAUUUUUCCCCUUUUGAUUGGUACAUCACUGUGGGAAUCAUGCCGGUGUUUGUCCUGUUUUAUUUAUUUAUUUUUUUUGUUUUUUAGGAAAAUGAGUUUCCUUGUUAAAUCGAAACAUUCUUCUGGUCAUAAUGGAUUGUGCUUUUAAAUAUGAAGUAUUUACGUGGUUGCGUCAGAUUCUUUUCAGAACGUGAACAUUUUGUGAAUUGUAAAUAUUACUGUUCUGAAGUCAUUUUUGUUGCCUUUCAACAAAAAUAACAUGAUUACAGUCUGAGAAAAUAAAGAUUUCUAUUUCAA